AAAUACCACAACAACUCCCGGAGUAGCCCAACUACGUCUGAAUUCCUCCCCUCCACUUUUCCGUCGUUGUCAUCGUUGCGCCUUUCACUAGCCGCCGCCCCCGCCGCACCAUGCUGGCACUUCAAUCUCCAACUGUUCGAGCGUCUCCAUUUGACCCGCUUCGCAAAUCUCUCAAUGCGCCCAAAAGAUCCAAGAAGAAAGUUCAUUUCAUUUCUGCCACUGUGUCCCCCAAAGUUUCUGCUCCCAAGAGAGAGAAGGACCCAAAGAAGCGGGUGGUGAUAACGGGAAUGGGACUUGCCUCUGUGUUCGGCAACGACGUCGAUACAUUCUAUGAGAAGCUUCUUGCGGGUGAAAGCGGAAUCGGUCCCAUUGAUCGAUUUGAUGCCUCCAAGUUUCCCACGAGGUUCGGCGGGCAGAUCCGAGGGUUCACCUCCGAAGGUUACAUUGAUGGCAAGAACGAUAGGCGGCUCGAUGGUUGCCUUCGGUACUGCAUUGUUGCUGGCAAGAAGGCCCUCGAGCAUGCUGACCUUGGCGCUGAUAAGCGUUCAAAGAUUGAUAAGGAACGCGCCGGUGUGCUAGUUGGGUCAGGAAUGGGUGGUCUUACUGUCUUUUCUGAUGGUGUCCAGGCUCUAAUAGAGAAGGGAUACCGCAAGAUAACACCUUUUUUCAUUCCUUAUGCCAUAACUAAUAUGGCUUCGGCAUUGCUUGGAAUUGAUCUUGGUUUUAUGGGUCCAAAUUAUUCUAUUUCAACUGCAUGCGCUACCUCCAACUAUUGUUUUUAUGCUGCUGCGAAUCAUAUACGGAGGGGAGAGGCUGAUCUAAUGAUAGCAGGUGGGACUGAAGCUGCCAUCAUUCCCAUAGGGUUAGGGGGUUUUGUUGCAUGCAGGGCCUUAUCUCAGAGAAAUGAUGACCCAAAAACUGCUUCAAGACCCUGGGACAAGGACCGAGAUGGCUUUGUUAUGGGUGAAGGUGCUGGAGUACUGGUAAUGGAGAGUCUGGAACAUGCUAUGAAGCGAGGAGCACCCAUUAUUGCUGAGUACCUGGGAGGUGCUGUUAACUGUGAUGCUCAUCAUAUGACUGAUCCUCGAGCAGAUGGACUUGGAGUCUCUUCAUGCAUUAAAAGCAGCCUUGAAGAUGCUGGCGUGUCACCUGAGGAGGUCAAUUACAUAAAUGCACAUGCAACAUCCACUCUUGCUGGUGACCUGGCGGAGAUCAAUGCUAUUAAAAAGGUUUUCAAAAAUACUUCAGAGAUCAAAAUUAAUGCCACCAAGUCUAUGAUAGGGCACUGCCUUGGUGCAGCUGGGGGUUUGGAAGCCAUUGCCACAGUGAAAGCCAUAACAACAGGAUGGCUACAUCCUUCAAUCAAUCAAUUUAAUCCAGAACCGGAGGUUGAUUUUGAUACGGUUGCGAAUGUAAAGCAGCAGCAUGAAGUUAAUGUUGGGAUUUCUAAUUCAUUUGGAUUUGGUGGACACAACUCCGUGGUAGCCUUUUCUGCAUUCAGGCCCUGAGCAUCCAGUUUGUGUGCAGCUGUUGUAGAAGCAGGGUCUUAAUUGGGAUUUUCUUUAUUCUCCACUGAGGCUUCCUUAACUUGAUUUGGACUCAAUUUUCGAAAGCCGCAGCUGAGUUUUCAAAUAGCUUAUUUGAAAUUUAGAUUCAAGAUCGUUUUGUUGAACCCAUUAAGUUCAGUGCUUGGCCUAAUUGGUCCUUGUGUUAAUUGAAUUUCAAUCACAUACCAGAUGAAGAAAACAGCUCGAACUUAUUCUCUUAUUCGUUUUCCUCCUGCGUGCUUUUUUGUUUUUUUCAAAGUUCUUCCCUUCUUGUGUCCACUGUCAAGAUGUGUAUACGGUUGAGCUAUGACGAGUCUCUUGUAGUGAAAUAUAUUAGUUUAAUUGUUGUUAUUAUGGUCGUCGUCGUCAUUUAACUGUAAAAAACUUGAAUGGAGCUCGUGAAUGAAGUCCAGUUUGGAGUU